AUGGGAUUGGAAUUGGGAGGCGAGAAUGUGAGAGGUGGAUUGGGAAUCGAAGGGGCGGAUUUGGAGGUAGGGGUAUUGGGGGGUGACGUAGGAGAAGGAGUUGGAGGAGGGGUCGAAGCGGAGCCUGGAGUUGAGGAUGGGGUGGGAGGAUUGGAGGCUUCGGAGGGAGACGUCGAGGGCUUCGAGAAUAGGAUGGCCAAGACGGUGAUUCCGGUGCCGGUGGGGACGGCGCGGCACCAGCUCAGCUUGGUGGGGCACACGGCACGGGAGGAGGAAACCGACAUUAUUGAUUCCCGACCAACCAUGCUCUUCGACGGUGUGUGCAAUGGAGGUGUGAAGAUUGUUCGAGAUAAUGACAGGACAAGGCACAUGCAACCCUCCAUGGAUUGGUGAGGGCGCCACGGGAUGGAGACGCAUGGUUGAAUAUUUCCCGACAAUAUCCAUUGCCUCCAUUUAUC